AUGCAAAUAUUGUGUCCAUCGGCAGAUAUUAAAUGUCCUUGGGAAGGACAAAGAGAUCAAUUAGAUGAGCAUUUAUCGAAUUGUGCUUUUCAUUCUUUACGAUACAUUAUUACACCACUUAUGACAGAAAAUGAGCAACUUUACGAACUAAUCAGUAAAUUUCGUAGUGAUAAUCAACAAUUGCGAGAACAAACAGGUCAUUUGACGAUUCAAGCAAAUAAAUAUCAAAGAGAAAUUCAAGAUUUAAAUCAACAAAUAGCACAACUUAGAACCCAACUCCAAAAUCAGCAAAUUAAAGAGCAAGAAAGACAUAAAACUUCGAUAUUCAAUGAAAUAAUUAAUUCGAACAAAAACAUGCAAAUGGCUACAAAUGGUAUUUCACUAUUGAAAGGUGUUUGGGAAUAUCAAAGAAUUUUUAUGAAAGAGAUUGGCGUGGGUAUGGCAACACGUUUACUUACAAAAGGUCUCAAACUACGUCUUAUUAUCGAUGAGAUCGCAAAUGAAUGGAUUGUACGUUUUGAAUCUACUAUUAAGGUAAUCGAAUAUAAAUUCGUACUCGGUGUUGAAUUCAAUGAAACAACGUUCGAUGGACGCGAAGUAAAAUCGAUUGUGACCUUUUCAGCGAAUAAAUGGAUACAUCAAAUGCUUGAUAAGAAUGGAGAGAAAUCGGUGAUUAUUCGUUAUGUCGAUCAAAAUGAUAUGCAGAUAGUUGAAAUGGAAUGCGGAAUAGUCAAAGCUCGCCGUUGGUAUAAACGUGCCACUUAG